CUUCUUACCACAGUACAACUUUGCAUUCAGCUUCAGCGAGAGUUACUGCAUCCAUCCAGCCAUGUCUCCGUCUACUCCCGAGUUACCCCGCGUGCGGGCAUGUCUUUUCGACAUGGACGGCCUCCUCAUCGACUCGGAGGACAUCUACACCUCGAUUACAAACACCAUUCUACAAGAGUACGGCAAACCGAUGCUCCCGUGGUCGAUUAAAGCGCAGUUGCAAGGGCGGCCUGCGCCGGAGGCCUCUCGCAUCUUCCACACAUGGGCCAACCUCCCCAUCCCUCUCGAAGAAUACGCGACCAAACUAACCACCCUUCAACAAACCCGCUUCCCGGAAACCCAACCCCUCCCCGGCGUUUUGCGUCUGCUCGAGGACCUCCGCUCCACGCACUCCACCCCGCACCCCGUGCACCUCGCGCUGGCUACCUCCUCCCAUUCCAAAAACUUUCAGCUGAAGUCCUCCCACCUCCCACACUUAUUCGCUGCAUUCCCGAAGAACCAGCAGGUGUUGGGCGAUGACCCCCGUAUCGGGUCGGGGCGUGGAAAACCCCUCCCUGAUAUCUAUUUGCUGGCGUUGGAGACGAUCAAUCAGGGGUUGAGGGAGAAGGGGGAGGAGGAGAUUAAGCCGGAGGAGUGUUUGGUGUUCGAGGAUGCGGUGCCUGGUGUGGAGGCCGGACGGCGCGCGGGGAUGCGCGUGGUGUGGGUGCCGCAUCCCGGUCUAAGGGAGGAAUAUCGGGGCAGGGAGGAAGAGGUGCUUGCCGGGUUAACGGGGGAACAUAAGGAGGAGGAGAAGGGGAAGAUGGAGAGGGUGGCGGAAGGGUUGGUUGCUGGGAGGGAGGGUAGGGAGGGGGAUAAUGGGGAUGGGAGACCGGGCAGCUUGGGAGAUGGGUGGGGGGUUUUGUUGGAUUCGUUGGAGGGGUUUCCUUAUGAGAGAUUUGGGAUUGUGCCUGCAUCUUCUGUGAAGGAGGAGUAGAUGGGUUGAUGUUGAGGGUGAGGGUGAUUUGGUGUAGGUAUAGGCUGGUUGCGUGGAUGGAUGGUAGUAUUAUGGAUCGCAUUGCAUCUAAGUUGGAUUCAAGGACUGAGACGCUCUACAUGAGGCAAGAAUUUGUCAGGGGAAACAGUGCGCAACGCAAGAAUCGUCAGAAAGAGGCUACGCAUAAAGCAAGAAUCAUUAAGAAUAGAAGAUGCAUGAAGCAGG